UAAGACCGUGUCUGGCUCUCUCCAAGGAAGUUCAAAAAAACAAAGAAGCAAAAAUGCCACUCAUUCACCAUUGUCUCUGUCGUCCUCCCUACGCUUUCUUCUCUUCCAAGCACCUGCUUGGUUCCUCCCCCUCUACCUCUCCCACCAGAUUAGGACGUGUUUGGGCUCGCUUUCUCUCUCAUACCACUCCACCAGCGAAUGUGGAGCAAAUAGGAGUAGAAACCGAUGAUUUAGCUAAAGUGAGAGUGGUAAAGCAGAAAAUGGAGAUUCUUGGUAUCAAAUGCGACGAUUUUGUUAUUCCUGGGCGGUACCAUCAAUUGUUUUGCCCCAAGUGCAAAGGUGGGCAGUCAAUGGUGAGGAGUUUAUCCCUUCAUAUCAUCCAAGAUGGGAGUUUGGGGAUGUGGAGGUGUUUUCACACUGAAUGUGGAUGGGCAGGCCAGUCUUUUGCAGACAGCAUGGCAGCAUAUAAUGGAGUCACCAAAAAAGUCAAGUCCUUUGAACAAAUGUCAGAGGAAAGUCUAGGGUUAGAACCACUGGGUGCCAAGCUGAUUGCAUAUUUUGGUGAGCGGAUGAUAUCUGAAGAAACAUUGCGAAGAAAUGCUGUUAUGCAAAUGUCUAAUGAUAAGAAUGUCAUUGCUUUUACUUAUAGACGAAAUGGACAACUUGUUGGUUGCAAAUACCGAACUAUAGGAAAGAAAUUUUGGCAGGAGAAGGGUACAGAGAAGAUAUUAUACGGUCUCGACGAUAUAAAUGAUGUGCCUGAAAUCAUUAUUGUCGAAGGUGAACUGGAUAAGCUUUCACUGGAGGAAGCUGGCUUCCGCAAUUGUGUUAGUGUUCCUGGUGGUGCACCGGGAAAGGUUUCGACUAAAGAAUUACCAUCCUUUGAAAAGGACACGGCAUUUCAGUUUCUAUGGAACUGCAAAGAAAACCUUAAUAAGGUUUCUCGAAUUAUCCUGGCAACGGAUGGUGACACAUCAGGGCAAGCUUUGGCUGAAGAGCUAGCACGCCGCCUUGGAAGAGAGAGAUGUUGGCAAGUACAUUGGCCGAAAAAAGAUGAGUCCAGUUGUUUUAAAGAUGCUAAUGAGGUUCUCAAGUGUAUGGGACCAGCUGCUCUGAAGAAGUUAAUUGAAGAUGCAGAGAUAUAUCAGCCACAUGUUGCGAACCAUGUAAUGUCGAGUACAUAGUUCAAGCUAAUCAAUAGAGGUCAUCAAGCACUGCGAAGUUCCUAUUGAUGCCUUGGUGGGGCAAGGUCAGACUAUGGUUCAAUCGGACUUGAGGAUGCACCUGCGGUUACCACUGUCUAGGUCCCUACUGUGCGGCUCCCAGCGGGUAGGUGCUACUAUGGUCAUGCCUAGGCAAAAUAGCCACAAUUGGUCUCUCCGGCCUGCCUUUAUUUCUCAAAAAAAAAAAAAAAAAAAAAGAAAAAAAAAAAAAGAAAGCACUGCUAAGUUCAAAUGUGGAAGGAACUUCCCUUACUGAUUUGUACAGAAGAGAGGAAAUUGGUUUUUGUGCAAUGAUUCAUUUCUCUAAUUUGAUUUCUUAAUGAAAACUCCAAACUCUGUAAGUAUUCUUAAUUCUGCUUAUCUGCAAUAAGAUACAAUACAUGUUGGAUUCAAACUAUUUAAGAAGCCCAUUAGAUGGAGUAUUUAUAGAAGGUUCCAUGAUUCUUACC